AUGUGGAAAACAAGUCAUGGAGGUAGAAGUCACACCCCCAGGAAAAUCAGGAAGUUAGACAAAGACGAGGCAGUGAUGGAGUUGGAUGAGCCUACACCAGUCAAAGAAACCCCUAAAGACACACCCUCGGAUCACGAGGGGUCUCCACCACAGUUCGAUUUUGAUCUAGACCCUAGGCUACCUAUGCCAGUGCAGAACACGGGACCAGCCGAAGACACAGUCGACAUACAAGUCACACCGGGGAGUAAUGACAAGAUCCUAAAAAUAGGAUCCAGGCUGAGUCCGGAGGUAAGGGGCAAGCUGAUAGAAUUCCUGAAAGGCAACCUAGACGUGUUUGCUUGGAGUCACGAGGACAUGAUUGGAAUCGACCCGGCCGUUAUGUGCCACCACCUCAACAUCGAUCCCACCAAAAAAGGUGCUAGGCAGAAGCGCAGACCAAUAAGUGGGGAAAGGGCCGAGGCCCUCCAAGAGGAAGUUGACCGCCUCCUAAAAGCAGGAUUAGUGAAGGAAUCAUUCUACCCAACCUGGUUGGCAAACCCUGUGCUCGUGAAGAAACCAAACGGGAAAUGGCGCACCUGCAUAGACUUUACCGAUCUCAACAAAGCAUGCCCUAGGGACAGUUUCUCACUUCCCAUAAUUGAUCAGCUGGUAGACUCAACAGCCGGCCACGCCCUCCUUCGUUUCAUGGAUGCCUACUCGGGAUACAAUCAGAUCCCUAUGUACGAGCCUGACCAGGAGCAUACCUCCUUCAUUACGGACAUAGGCCUAUAUUGUUACAUUGGCAUGCCAUUCGGACUCAUCAACGCAGGCGCGACCUACCAAAGGCUUGUAAACAUGAUGUUCAAGGAACAGAUCGGAAAGACCAUGGAGGUGUACGUGGACGAUAUGUUGGUCAAGUCUAAGAAAGCCAAUGACCAUGUGUCUCACCUGUCAGACAUGUUCGAAAUUCUAAGGAGGUACAUGAUGAAGCUCAACCCGCAAAAGUGUGUCUUCGGAGUGGAGUCAGGAAAGUUUCUUGGUUUUAUGGUCAAUCACAGAGGUAUUGAAGCCAAUCCCGCGAAGAUCAAAGCUUUGCUUGAUAUGAAGUCCCCAACCAAUGUCAAACAGGUGCAAAGCUUAACCGGGAGGAUUGCCGCCUUGAACAGAUUUGUGUCGAAGUCCUCUGAAAAAUGCAAAGAGUUCUUCAAAGCCGUGAAGGGCACAUCUAAGGACUUUGAAUGGACGGUAGAGUGUGAAAGUGCUUUUGCGAAAAUCAAAAAACACUUGGGCGAGCCACCCCUCUUAGCCAAACCAGACGAAGGUGAAACACUUAUACUCUACCUAGCUGUCUCAGACUACUCCAUUAGUGCCGUGUUAGUGAAGGAGGACGCGGAAGGUCAGUCCCCCGUUUAUUACAUAAGCAAAAGGUUGUUGGACGCAGAGACCCGCUACACAAGUAUGGAAAAGUUGGUAUACGCCUUGAUACAUGCAUCCCGAAAGCUGCGGCCUUACUUCCAAGCACAUAAGGUGGAGGUCAGAACCGCGUACCCUCUUCGACAAAUCAUGCAUAAACCAGAAGUCACAGGUAGGAUGAUGAAAUGGGCAAUCGAGUUAGGGCAAUUUGACAUUGAUUACAAGCCACGAACCGCCAUCAAAGGACAAGCUUUAGCUGACUUCAUUUUGGAAUUUCCAGAGGACGGAGAAAACUCUAGCCUGUUAAUCAAAUACGAUCCCGACCUACCGUCACAACCUGAGGCCCUGAAAGAAGAUAUCCCCGAGCUGUGGUGGAUAGUGCAUACCGACGGAGCAGUGAACAAUGAUGGGGCAGGUGCAGGUAUAGUGUUGGUAAGCCCCGAGGGACACAGACUCUUGAAUGCAAUUCACUUUACCUUCCAACUAUCUAAUAACGACGCAGAAUAUGAGGCAUUAGUUGGAGGCUUAAAGUUGGCCCUCGAGAUGAAAGUCAGAAGGCUUGUGGUAAAGCUUGACUCGAUGUUGGUGGUGGAGCACAUAAAAGGGGGAUACCAAGCCAAAGGACCUAAGACAGCUAUGUAUCUCAAAUGCGUCCAAAGGUUGCUAGACCAGUUUGAGGAGGUGCAAAUAAACAAGGUACCUAGGGAGUUCAACGGAGACGCUGAUGCCCUAGCAAAAUUGGGAUCUCAGAAAGACGCUGCCUUAUUGGGGGUAAUUCGAUUGGAAGUUCAAGAGGUGCCUAGCAUCCCAGAACUGGAUGCCAUGGAGGUAGCAGACGGCGUCAAGCAUCAAACAUGGAUGAUGCCAAUAUGGGAAUUUAUUAAUGAAGGAAAGUUGCCCGAAGAUAAAGUUGAGGCUCGGAGGCUAAGAUAUAAGGCAGCUAGGUAUGUGGAAUAUGAUGGCAAACUAUACAAGAGAGGCUUCAAUCAGCCGUUGUUGAAGUGUAUAGACGGGGACGAAUGCACCUACGUACUGAGGGAGGUCCAUGAAGGCAUAUGUGGGAAUCACUCGGGAGGCAACUCAUUAGCUAUGAAGAUUCUGAGGCAAGGCAACAUCCUUGACCAGCAUGACCAGUCCUUGGCCUUUCGCCAUGUGGGGAUAGACUUGAUUGGGGAACUCCCCAAAGCCAAGGGAGGUGUGAAGUUUGGAAUUCCUUACAAGCUGAUCUCGGACAACGGAAAGCAAUUCGACAGCAAGGAACUGAGAUGCCUCUGUGAUGACCUAGGAAUCAAAAAGGACUUUGCAGCGGUGUACCAUCCUCAGAGCAACGGGCAAACGGAGGCGGUGAACAAGAUCAUCAAACACACCUUGAAGACAAAGCUGGAGGAUAGCAAGGGAAAUUGGCCGGAGGAACUCCCCAUGGUGCUAUGGUCUUACAACACGACUCCUAGGACUACGACUGGGGAGUCACCGUUCGUGUUAGCUUAUGGAUGCGAAGCCAUGGUUCCGAUAGAGGUUGGAGCUGGAUCAUUCAGGCGAGAUUACUUUGAGAAACAAGACAACGACGUCAACCAAAGGCUCUACUUGGAUAUGAUUGAAGAAAUCAGAGCUACCUCACAGAUACGACUAGCUGCAUAUCAGCAAAGAACAGCGAGGUAUUACAACAGCAAAGUAAAGGCUCACCCAUUCCAAGUGGGGGACCUCGUUCUCAGGAAGGUCGUACUUAACAACAAAAACCCCUUGCAUGGGGUCUUCGGUGCUAACUGGGAAGGCCCCUAUAGAGUAAAAGUGAUACUAUGGAAAGGAACCUAG